GCCAGCAUAAACUAUACCAACUUACAGCAUUUUUGUUUUUUUGUAUUGCCAGUUCCUCAGCUAGAAUGAAGCACAUCAACCUGUCGUUUGCAGCGUGUGGAUUUCUGGGCAUUUACCACUUGGGGGCAGCAUCAGCCCUUUGCAGACAUGGCAAAAAGCUCUUGAAGGAUGUCAAGGCCUUUGCUGGGGCUUCUGGCGGGUCCUUAGUUGCUUCUGUCCUGCUGACAGCACCAGACAAAAUAGAGAACUGUAUCCAAUUUACCUACACAUUUGCCGAAGAAAUCAGAAGGCAGUCUUUCGGGGCAGUCACACCCGGUUAUGACUUCAUGGCCCGACUGAGAAGCGGAAUGGAGCUGAUUCUUCCUGCCAACGCUCAUGAGUUGGCCCAGAACCGCCUGCAUGUGUCCAUCACCAACACCAAAACCAGAGAAAAUUACUUAGUCUCAAAUUUCUCCUCCAGGGACGAUCUCAUUAAGGUUCUCUUAGCCAGCAGUUUCGUGCCCAUUUAUGCAGGACUAAAGCCAGUGGAGUACAAAGGGCAGAAGUGGGUGGACGGCGCCCUCACCAAUAGCCUUCCCAUCCUGCCUGUUGGUCGCACAGUGACCAUUUCCCCCUUCAGUGGGCGACUGGACAUCUCCCCGGAGGACAAGGGGCAGCUGGCUCUGUAUGUUAAUGUCGCCAAACAGGACAUAAUGUUGUCCAUGGCAAACCUGGUGCGGCUCAACCACGCCCUCUUCCCACCAAGCAAGAGGAAAAUGGAGUCCCUCUAUCACUCUGGCUUUGAUGACACUGUUAAGUUUUUGCUUAAAGAAAAUUGGUUCGAAUGAGAUGCUUACAAGUUUAUGUUGCAAAA